UUGCUCUGGCUUCUGUUUGAGAUAUUGCCAUUUGAAACGUAAUUAUGUAGUCAUGUUAGGUGUACUAUCAUUUUCCUGUUUAUUUCCAUAAUGCUUGUCUAACUUUUUAGAGUCAUAAAAAACUAAAUAAUUGUUCCCCCCCUCAUGUUAAUCCACUAUAUAUAUGAUAAAACAACAAAUGAAUGGAAUUCCUUUUCAGAAUGUUUAAGAAGAUUAAUGAUCUCCAUAGCACACAUGAUAUAAAGGAAAAUUCAGCAAGAGGAAUUCUUCUGUAGGUUCUCCACAUAUCCCUUGGCCCUUUCAAUUCACUGUCUGCCGCCCUUCCUGCCCAAUCUGUCUUGAUCUCCUCUCUUCUGUUUCAUCUUCACUGUGAUCAUCUGAGUUCAGCAUCACGCAUUUUGCACCUUUGCCUUCUUUCUUGUCUUAUAGGUGUUCUCCAUGGUUGUGGUUUUGUCUCUGACUGUCAUCUCUACUCUCACGUUUGUGGCUCCAUAGAUCUGCAGCUAGGGUCGACAGUCCUCUGUUGCCUGGAUCUGCAGGUUCCUCCUCUUCUGUCCUCUCCUCCACUAUUGUCAUGUCCUCCUUCAUUUGCUUUGAGCUUUGCCGUCAUUAUUCCUUCUUCCUCUCCUCUCUCCUAUUGUCACCAGUCCCUCUUCAUUUACAUGCCUCAAGUUUGUGUAUGUGUCAUUCACCGAUGAAAGAUGAUUUUUUCGGUAAUGAUAUUUUUUUGGUGCAAAUUUAUUUGUCAGCGAGGUUUGAAUUGUUAGAUUUCUUCUUUCCCACACUAGAAUUUGGGUUCUGGAUUUUUUCUAAUUUUUAUUGUUUGAAUGAAUUUCAAGGAAUAAUAGUAAAAAUAAUUGUUGGUUUGGCUGAACAGUCUCCCAGCCUGGGAGACCGAGCUGGAUCCAGUCCAACACCGAGUUUGUUCUGGGUUGGACCAAACCAUGGUCUAACAUGUCAAGGCCAAAGGGAUUUCAAACCAAACCUUGGGUUAGAUAGAAAUCCGGUCUGCUGCAGAUGAGAACAUAGCAGGCAUGAAAAUGAAAAUAUGCAGUGGAUGGCGUCGGUUUCUGUUUGGUCUUCCUCUUAUUUUCUUUCUUCCCCAUCUGUUAUCUGUCAUGGAGUUGCACCAAAACUCAAGCAUGCAGGAACCCCAGAAGAAACUUCAAAAGAAAUUUGAUCAUCUGGUUCUUGGUUCUGCUGCUGGUCAAGGCUUGGCUAAUCGUUUGCAAUGCCAAGGAACUAAGUCUCUCAACAAGACUCACUCUUCUCAUAAUGUGUCACGUGCUGAGGACAUUGCAUUUGUCACUGUCUUUACCAUUUACAAUUCUUCUGCUAGCAACGUAGAUGAUAGAUCAUCAAACACAGUUAUUGGGGAUUCUUCAUAUAAUAAGGUGCAGAGGUCAAUGGCCGUGUUGAAUGUCUUCAUUAACUUCGUUCAGGUGACAAUGCCCCAGAGCAGCGUGAUCAUUCUUACUGACCCAGCAUCUGACUUUUCAUUGCACAAAAAUAGGGUCUUUCUUUAUCCUAUUCAAGGUGAAUAUUCACGAGACAAGUUGAUGCUUCAAAGGAUCAGGUCUUACAUUUUUUUUUUAGGAACCAAGCUUCAGGAGCUUUCUCAGAGGCCAGCAAGUACCACACACUAUAUUUUCACUGAUUCUGAUAUAGCAGUGGUUGAUGAUCUGGGACAUGUUUUCCAUGACCACCAAAAUUUUCAUCUCGCGUUGACCUUCAGGAACAAUAAGGCUCAACCUUUGAAUUCAGGAUUCAUUGCAGUGAGGGGUACUGCUGAUGCAAUUUUGAGGGCAAAGCUUUUCCUACAAGAGGUUUUGAAAAUUUACAGCUCAAAAUACAUGAAUGCUUCUCGGAUGCUUGGUGAUCAAUUAGCUCUUGCUUGGGUCGUGAAGUCCCAUCCUUCUUUUGAUGCCAGCAGGUUUUCAAAGCCCCUGUCUUUCACUGAAGACAUUGGUGGUACUUCGGUACUGUUCUUACCUUGUGCCAUAUACAACUGGACACCACCUGAGGGUGCUGGUCAAUUUCAUGGCAUGCCCUUGGAUGUUAAGGUUGUACAUUUUAAAGGAUCAAGAAAACGCCUAAUGCUCGAGUCUUGGAACUUCUAUAAAUCCUCUCCCAUCAUUGAAGACAUGUUAUGCCUCAUUCUGGCAAGUGGACGAACCAAGUAUGAUUUUUGAAGUUCACUGGAGAAUUACUUGAUAUUUUGUGCAGACAUGCCUCACAACUUAGGAGAAUGGUAUAGCAGGAAAUUUUUUCACCCAGAUAUAUCCACCCCAGCUUCAGGUGUGGUAGAUUUGUUAUUUUCACGAGAGUUCUUGGCAUAUUUGUAAGACAAAUAUUUCACUCAGACUCUGAAGAUAAUAUAGAAUGUAAUGGUACUCUCAUUUAUGACUUCCCUUUUGCGUCCUUUUGCCGAGGAGAUUGUAGAUGGCAUAGUACUUGUGGGGUUUUUUCAAAGAUAGCUAGUGUGGGUCCGAAGUCUUAAAAAAUAGCUUUAUUACUCAUUUAUGAAUAAUAUAGUUUAUUAGAGUUUUUAUAUUGCC